GGCGGCGGCGGCGGCGCGGGGCAGCCGGAGCCCGCGCGGGCAGGGCGCGGGGACCGCGGAGCAGCGCCCACCCGCCCGCCCGCCCGGCGGGGCCAGGCAUUGGCCAUGGAUGCUGAGGACAACCCCUUGUUGCAGGAUGCUUGGCUGGAGGAGGAGGAGGAGGAGGCUGCCUUCAACCCUCCAAAGAGGAGUAUGGGCCCCCAGCUAUGCGGGAAGUGUCAGUGGAGCCCCAAGCUGCUGCCUACUAUGCUGCCGGUAUCCGGCUUCUGGAACACAGUUGGCUGGAUGUUCACCAACCCCUACUGUGCUGGCUUUAUCCUUUUCUUGGGCUGUGCCAUCCCGGCUGCCCUGGCCACGGCCAUGUUCCUGCACUAUCCGGCACUGGACAUUGACAUCUCCUACAAUGCCUUUGAGAUCCGCAACCACGAGUCCUCGCAGCGCUUUGAUGCCCUCACCCUGGCCCUCAAGUCCCAGUUCGGCUCGUGGGGCCGCAGCCGCCGGGACCUGGCUGACUUCACCUCGGAGACCCUGCAGCGGCUCCUCUUUGAGCAACUUCAGCAGCUGCACCUCAAUGCCUCCCACCUUGGGGGGGGCACCCGGCUGAAGCGCAGUGCCACACCGCCUGCAGCCAGAGGCAGGACUAGGCCCACCACCCACCAGAGCCCAGCCAACCAAAGCUCCCGCGUGCCCCGGGGCGCCUCGCGCUGGGACUACUCCAGUGCCUAUGUCAGUGCCAACACACAAACACAUGCACACUGGCGCAUUGAGCUCAUCUUUCUGGCCCGGGGGGAUGCUGAAAACAACAUUUUCACCACUGAGCGCCUGGUCACCAUCCAUGAGAUUGAGCGCAAGAUCAUGGACCACCCCCGGUUUCGGGAGUUCUGCUGGAAGCCCCAUGAGGUCCUGAAGGACCUGCCUCUGGGCUCCUACUCUUACUGCUCCCCACCCAGCUCCCUCAUGACGUACUUCUUCCCCACAGAAAAGGGCGGCAAGAUCUACUAUGACGGCAUGGGGCAGGACCUGGCUGACAUCCAAGGGUCACUGGAGCUGGCCAUGACCCACCCUGAGUUCUACUGGUACGUGGACGAAGGGCUGUCUGCAGAAAACAUGAAGAGCUCCCUCCUGCGGAGUGAGAUCCUCUUCGGGGCCCCGCUGCCCAACUACUACUCGGUGGAGGACCGGUGGGAGGAGCAGCGCCACAAGUUCCAGAGCUUUGUGGUCACCUAUGUGGCCAUGCUGGCCAAGCAGUCCACCAGCAAGGUGCAGGUGCUGUAUGGUGGGACAGAUUUGUUCGACUACGAGGUGAGGAAGACUUUCAACAAUGACAUGCUGCUGGCCUUCAUCAGCAGCAGCUGCAUUGCAGUCUUGGUCUACAUCCUCACCUCUUGCUCAGUGUUCCUAUCCUUCUUUGGCAUUGCCAGCAUUGGGCUGAGCUGCCUGGUGGCCCUGUUCCUGUACCAUGUCGUUUUUGGGAUCCAGUACCUGGGCAUUCUGAAUGGCGUGGCUGCCUUUGUCAUCGUGGGCAUUGGUGUGGAUGAUGUCUUUGUCUUCAUAAACACCUACCGCCAAGCUACCCACCUCAAGGACCUGCGGCUCCGCAUGAUCCACACUGUCCAGACAGCGGGCAAGGCCACCUUCUUCACCUCCUUGACCACUGCUGCGGCCUAUGCUGCCAACAUCUUCUCGCAGAUCCCAGCUGUACAUGACUUUGGGCUUUUCAUGUCACUGAUCGUGUCCUGCUGCUGGGUGGCGGUGCUCUUCACCAUGCCGGCUGCGCUUGGGAUCUGGACUCUCUACUUGUCUCCAUUGGAGAGCUCCUGUCAGGCCAGCUGCAGUCAGAGGUGCACGAAGAAGAGCUCCUUGCACACUGCUGAUGACCUGUUCAUCGUCUCAGAGGCUGCAGCUGGGCCAGCCCGGGACACCCUCCCGUACCUCGAUGAUGACAUCCCACUGCUCAACGUGGAGGAGGACUCGCUGACUCCAGAGAUCGGGGAUGUGCCCUUGGUGUCAGUGCUGCCAGAGAGCUUGCAGGGUCCCACUGAGAAGAGCAGCCGCGGUCACCUGAUAGCCCACCUGCAGGAGCUGCUUCAGCACUGGGUGCUGUGGUCUGCUGUGAAGAGCCGAUGGGUGAUCAUGGGGCUCUUUGUCCUAGUCCUCAUCCUGUCCAUAUUCUUCGCUAGCCGCCUCCGCCCCGCUAGCCGCGCUCCCAUCCUGUUCCGGCCCGACACCAACAUCCAGGUGUUGCUGGACCUCAAGUACAACCUGAGCGCCGAGGGCAUCUCCUGCGUCACUUGCUCAGGUUUGUUUCAGGAAAAGCCCCACAGCUUGCAGAACAACAUCCGGACCUCCUUGGAGAAGAAGAAGCGGGGCUCGGGGCUUCCCUGGGGGAGCAGAGGGGGCACGGGUGAGGCUGCACAGCCAGAUCUCCAGGGGACUGUAUACAUCUCCAAGUCCAAGAGCAAGGGCAGGCCAGCCAUCUACAGGUUCUCACUCAACGCCAGCGUUCCUGCGCCCUGGCAGUUGGUGUCCCCGGGAGAUGGCGAGGUGCCCUCAUUCCAGGUGUAUAGAGCGCCUUUCGGUAACUUCACCAGGAAGCUGACCGCUUGUGUGUCCACAGUAGGGCUGCUUACGCAGAAGAGCCCCAGGAAGUGGAUGAUGACCACCUUGUCCUGUGACACCAAGAGAGGCUGGAAGUUCGACUUCAGUUUCUACGUGGCGGCCAAAGAGCAGCAACGCACACGGAAGCUGUACUUCGCCCAGUCACACAAGCCCCCGUACCACGGCAGAGUGUGUGUGGCACCCCCUGGCUGUCUGCUCAGCUCCAGUCCAGACGGUCCCACCAAGGGUAUCCUCUAUGUGCCCAGUGAGAAAGCAGCCCCAAAGGUGAAACCCUCUACCACAUCGGGGUUUAACCCUUGCAUGAACGCAGGCUGUGGGAAGCCAGCUGUGCGGCCUCUGGUGGACACGGGAGCCAUGGUGUUCGUGGUGUUUGGCAUCCAAGGGGUGAACCGCACCCGGCGCCCAGAUAACCACGUCAUUGGAGACAUGGGCAGCGUCAUCUAUGAUGACAGCUUCGACCUCUUCAAAGAGAUUGGCAGCCUGUGCCGCAUCUGCAAGGCCAUCGCCGCCAAUGCCGAACUGGUGAAGCCUGGAGGGGCCCAGUGCCUGCCCUCGGGUUACAGCAUCUCCUCCUUUCUGCAGAUGUUGCACCCUGAGUGCAAGAACAUCCCUGAGCCGAACCUGCUGCCCGGGCAGCUCUCCCACGGGGCGGUGGGGGUGAAGGAUGGCAAGGUGCAGUGGAUCUCCAUGGCCUUUGAAUCGACGACUUACAAGGGCAAGUCAUCCUUCCAGACCUACUCAGACUACCUCAAGUGGGAGACGUUCCUGCAGCAGCAGCUCCAGCUCCUGCCUGAGGAAUCUGCCCUGCGCCGCGGCUUCCAGACCUGCGAGCACUGGAAGCAAAUCUUCAUGGAGAUCAUAGGAGUACAGAGUGCCCUGUAUGGCCUCAUCCUCUCGCUGGUCAUCUGUGUGGCGGCGGUUGCUGUCUUCACCACCCACAUCCUCCUCCUGCUGCCUGUGCUGCUGAGCAUCCUAGGGGUGGUCUGCCUGGUGGUGACCAUCAUGUACUGGUCCGGCUGGGAGAUGGGUGCAGUUGAGGCCAUUUCCCUCUCCAUCCUUGUGGGCUCCUCAGUGGAUUACUGUGUGCACCUGGUGGAGGGCUACCUGCUGGCAGGAGAGAGCCUGCCACUCCACCAGGCUGAGGACCCCACUGCCUGCCGCCAGUGGAGGACGAUGGAAGCUGUGCGGCAUGUGGGUGUGGCCAUCGUCUCCAGUGCCGUCACCACCGUGAUCGCCACAGUCCCGCUCUUCUUCUGCAUCAUCGCACCCUUUGCCAAAUUCGGGAAGAUUGUGGCCCUCAACACAGGUGUCUCCAUCCUGUACACGCUGACUGUGAGCACCGCCCUGCUCAGCAUCCUGGGCCCUGGCACCUUCACCCGGAGCAGGACUUCCUUCCUCAAAGCCCUGGCGGGGGUACUUCUUGCUGGCCUUGCCGGCCUGGGCGUCUGCCUGGCGCUUCUGGAGAGCGGAUUCAAGAUCUCACUGCCCAACGGGAUGACCCUAUAGUGUGCCCCCUCCCCCCCACCCCAACCUUGCGAUCCACACCCCCCCUCCUUUUUUUUUAAAGGAUAUAUUUUGUAAAACAGAGAAAGCCCAAACAGACGCUCCUUUUUCCCAGAAGGUUUUUCACUCCAGAUGCACUUUAUUUUCUAAUGGGUUUGGCUUGGACCUCCUAUUUAUUUCAGUGGAUGGAUGAAUCAUGUGGGUGCCCAGAGGGGCAUCUGGGCUGGCAACAGCAGAGAGAGGAGGAGGAGGAGUCCCUCUCCUCUCGGUCUGCUUGGUUUGUUAAGGAGCUGAGCAUCUGGAGCCCUGGAAGGUAAAUGCAGCCCUCGGGAGGUUGGUGGCUGGGCCCUUUCCCCAGCACUGCUCCCCUGGCUGGCUUGCUGAUGGGGGCAGGGAUGGGGUCCAGCUCUCAGGGCACCAGGCUCCCCUGAGCAGGAGCCAAUGCAUCGCAUCCCCCGUGAGCCUUCAACAUGGGACUCCAGUGAAGUGUAUGGGUGAACCGUACCUCCUGGGCCAGACCAUGGCUGGUGCAAGCCAGCUGGUGUCACUUCCACUUCCCCAUGCUGCACUAAUUAUGGGGCAAGGAGGAGGUGUCUUCAGGAGUGCUGGGGAUGGGUCCAUCCAGAUAGGUCAAGGGUCAGCAAUGCCAGAAGAAACUCUGGCUGUCACAGGCCCAACUCCUUCCACAGGGAUCUGAGCUGUGCAGUAGCUGGGCCAAAGAUUUCAGGUGUGGCCCUUCGGGGCACCGGUUUGUGUCGGUGUCACUGGAAACAGCUGUGGGGUGUCCUCUCUGUAGUCCUAGCACAGAGCAGUUGGGGGCUGCUGGGUAUGACUGCAGUGUGGCACUCCCUGGGGUCACCGGCAUGUCUGUCUACCCCCUACCCCAUCUCUGUCAUGUCACGUGUGGGCAGGGUCCAUCUUGCCCAGGGAGCUGCUCUCCAUGGGACUCUCCAGGUCUGCCAGCUGGCUGGCAGCUGCGGAAAGCAUCUCCCGUCAUCCCCAAGUCUCCUCCUCAGCAGGGGAUGCUGCGACAUGCCCACCCUCCAGCAGCAGCAAUAGGGAAAGAGCCGUUGGUCAGUCACAGCAGUGAGCUUUUAUCCUGGGAGUGAGCUGGCCAUUGGGAGCAGCAUGACUCGCUCAGCCAGGGGUGAGCGUGGAUGAUGAUGAUGAGGGCUCUCCCACACCACUGCUUGCUCAGAGCAGAUGUUUCCUAUUAAAGGAAAAUGAAGUUGCAGCCAAGCGCCAUUAGCAGGGACAUCUUAGGCAUCGCUGGCUCCAUCAUAUUCUUAAAGUGGAAAUAACAGAGUGUGCAUUGUUAUGUGGCAGCCAGGGCUGUGGCAUGGUGGGGAGCUCAGGCCCAUGGGCAUCUGCAGGAAACAUUCCCUGCCCUGGGGAGGGAUCCCACACUGCUCUCCUGCCCAUCCAGGGCCUGGCUGCUACCCUCAGCUGUGGUGAGUAGUAAGGAAGGAGCUCUAGGGAGAGCCGAGGGGGUAGGGAGUGAAGCAGCCCGAGGACUGGUGAUGGAGCCAGGCCUUGGGGAAGGGCAAGGAGCAGUAGGACAAAGGGAAGCUACAGCUGCGGGGAGUCAAGGUGCCUCCUGCCUUAGCACAGACAGGGGCUGUUGUGUGUGUGCCAGCACUGUACCUCAGCUGGGAGGACUCCUGGCUGGGCUUGGCAUAUGCCUGAACCUAACUUCAGGAGCACAGGGCUCUGUUAAGGAGGUGGUGGCGGGUGCAGUUCAGCCCAUACUGGGAGGGCAGCUGCUGUCUGUUAGCACACGGUGGAAACCCCUUCAAGGAGCUCAAACCCUGGGCUGCUGGUGUGGGGGAGCUUUCCACGUCCUAGCACAGAGAGGGGUGUUGGGAGAUCACAAGCAUGUCUGGUCACCACUGAAGGGGUGUCCAGAAGCGGAUGUGUCGGAGCAGUAGGUAUUGCCGCAGGGACUAGUCCAGUCCCAGGUAUAACCUGUACAAUAGGCAUUAGACCCGAUCCAGCACAGCAGACCAAUUGUGACAGUGUCAGACCCAGAAAACUCAGCCAAGUGGUGGUAAGAGGCUAGCCUAUUAGUGCCUAGUUAAGCGGUUGGCUGUGAGGAGUCCAGGGCUGAUGCUUCAGACUCAGACCAGGGCAGCACAGUCUUUUCUUGUGAGACGCUCUCGUUUUGUGCUGCGGCCUUGCCAGCCCACGGCUGGGGGGCCUGUCACUCUGCCUUCCCCUGUGGCACGGCUGGGUGUGAUGGCUCUGUGAUGCCGUUCCUUGGGGGAUACCAGAGUCUUUGGCUUUUAUGCUGCUUCCCCAUAGAAAACAAAUGUAUUGGGGCAGUUCUUGCAUAGCAGAAGUCUGUGUCCUGUCCAGCUCUCACUAGGAGUCUUCAGCACCCAGUCAGAGCCAGCAGUCAGGAAGCAUUGCUAGUCGUUAACCUAGCAUGGCCAUGCUGCCUUGAACUGAGAGCUGCUUGUAUUACUUUGAGGGCCCAAGUGAAAUCACAGCUUUGCGAGGCUAGUUGCUCUACAGUAGUGGUUCUCAACCAUGUUGGACUCAAGCCACCCAGGCUCGUGACACCCUCAAAAAAUGUCAGCUUAGUUUUCACUUGUUGUUUGACUACAGAAAAAUAAUAGAGCAAUUCUUCUGUUGCAAAGAACUCGGAGAGGCGACGGCAGAGCAGAAUGCUUUUAACACAGUGAUUUCUGUUUGAAAUGUCUGGGUUCGUCACUGAUAUGUCUUUGAGGGCGUACUGUGUCCAGUUUUACCGCUCUCCCCCUCCACUACAGAAAGCAUGUGGCCAAAUUGCAGUCCAGUGGAGGGCAACGAAAAUGUUUAAGUGGCUGGGGCACAUGACUUAUGAGAGGUUGAGGGAACUUCAAUAUGGGCUGAUUUAGUCUGCAGAAGAGAAGACUGAGGGGAGAUUUAAUAGCAGCUUUCAACCACCUGUAGGGAGGCUCCAAAGUGGAUGCAGCUGGACUGUUCUCAGCAGGGGCAGACCACAGAACAAGGAGCAAUGGGCUCAAGUUGCAGCAAGGGAAGUUUAGGUUGGAUAUUAGGAAGAACGUUCUCACUAGGAGGGUAGUAAAACACUGGAACAAAGAGGUUGUAUAAUCUCCAUGCUUGGAGGUUUUUAAAACCCGGCUAGACAAAGCCUUGGCUGGGAUGAUCUAGUUGGGGAUGGUCCUGCUCUGAGCAGGGGGCUGGACUAGAUGACCUCUUGAAGUCCCUUCUAACCCUAACUUUCUAUGACUGUAUGAAGCAUGUUUGCACACAUAACAGUGCUAACAGUGUGUGGCACCCUAUGACACCCUUAAACAGAUCUCAAGGCACCCCAGGGUGCUGCAGCACCCUGGUUGAGAAUCACUGCUUUGGAGGUGUGUGUUUUGGUAGAGAUGGUCCUGAGCUCUGGGGCUGAGGGGUAGGAUGAUCCCUGUCCCAGCAGCCUCACAGUCUAAACAGACUUAAGUGUAGGAGAAAGAGGGACUUGUCCCUAGUGACACAGACUCCUAUAUCAAAAACUGACUCCUAUAUCAUCCAGUGGGCAGGGUUGGGCCAUAUCUCAGCAUCUUUGUGGCAGCUGCAGGAGUUGUGAACCUUGUUUGGGGCCUGAAGGCCUCCAGAGAGGAUUUCCCCAGCAGGCAAUGUGCUCUGUCCUGGUGGCACCCAGUGAGCAGCCAGGGAAUACCUUCUUGGGAACAAAAAUGGGGAGAAGUUGCCACUUGCUGGAGCACAGCUAGGCAUGGGAGCACUCAAGUCAAGAGUGGGGCCCUGGGACCUGCCCACUGGUAGGCGGGGGUCAGGAGGAAAGACAUCUCAGUCCCUGACCUGCUCAGUGCACGCUCAUUUUUCACGGCAGCAUGGCCUACUCCCCCAGCUGGGCACAGGAGUCCUGUUAUUUACUGCAGCCAUCAGUGUCCUCCUGGCUGGGGCAGCACUGAUUGAUUUGUAGCUGAGCAGGGCGAGCACUGUAGCACCUGUGACUCCUUUCUACAUAGCUGCUCAGCAGGGAGGCAGUAAAUCCUCUGCUCACCUAUUUCAGCCUGUGGCCAGCGGUGCUCCAGGCUGAGGCCCUGCUUGGAGUAGUAAAGCAAUUCUGUCUUGGUAGGACAGGGUGUAGGGAGAGCUGGGAGAUGGGAGUAGGAGCUGGAUGACCCCUGACAGCACAGAGAGCUGGGGGUGGGAGACAAGUGCCCAGGAGGAGCAAAGGCAGCUUUGAGAGGUGAGGGAAGGGUGUUGGCUUUGGGGAGAGGGAAGCAGGUGGGGCCAGGGCCUGGGGUCACCAGCGCUGCAGGUGCCAGGAGAAGGGAGGUGGGAAGGGGUCCCCCUUACUGCCUGCCCCAUGGAGUGAUGUAGCACAAUUCCCCCUGCAACGUACCCAUGUUUCUUUUGUAGGGCGUCUCCUGCCCCCACGUUUGUAGUGCCCCUUGGUUUUGGAGACUGUUGUAAAUAAAAGAUUUUGACAUUCA